GGAAACAAAUGACACAAAACCUGGAUUUACGAAAUUAAAGUUGUCUACCGAGAUGAAAGAUAGAAAAUGUUUCUUAGAUAUUUUCAGUAGCACGCUAUGUACAUUAGGAGAAGAAACUUUUUUCUCAAGCAAACGUUUCAGGGAACACUUGUUUACAACUGGCAUGAUUAUACAUGGUCCUUGCUUAUCUGAUCCAGAUGGUACUUGUGAAGUCGCAUACAGUUUCAGAUGUAAAGAAUGGAUAACAUCAGCUCAACCUUGGAUUUACAGACCAAGAUCUACGUGGCCAGAUAACAAACUGGUUAUGUCAAUAGUCCAAAAUGGUGUUCUACUUGUUCCUAUUGGAAAUAAACAUUCACCUAACGAAAACCUAGAAUGGCGAAUUUCAUUUUCUAUUGCAGAAAAACAACUGAUUUAUUCUUUUUCACACACUCAAUUAUUAUGUUAUGCGUUAUUAAAAAUCAUUUUGACGGACAUAAUCAAACCGAAACAUGGCGAUCUCAUUUGUUCAUAUUUUCUGAAAACAAUAAUGUUUUGGUUAAGUGAAGAGUCAUGUCCUUCAGAAUGGAAACCCGAAUCAAUUAUUUUUUGUUUUCUGAAGUGCCUCAGAAGAUUAACUUACUGUAUAGAAAACAAAACAUGUCUUCAUUAUUUUAUCCCAGACUACAACCUGUUUGAGGAUAGAUUCGCUGAUGACCAACAAGUAACAUUACUGAAUACAAUGCGGCGUAUCUAUAUCUCACCAUGGAAUGCCAUUUUUAAUACGUCGACCUUUCAAGAGUAUAGACUAGAUUCUAGAAAUGCGCACGAGAUCAAACUGACAGCUUCCGCAUUGCCAUGCAUCAGUUAUUUUGGAAGUCAUUUUCAUAAUGCUACCUCUUCUUUUUUCAAUCUAUUGGAUUUUAAUCCAAUGAAGCGUGCUUUAACAUGUUGUAUUAAUUUUCCAGACAAAACAUUUCGAAAAUAUGCGAUAUCUACGAUUUCCAAUCGAUGCAUACAAUCACAUAUUAAAUUCAUAAGAAAUAACAAAUCGUUCUACAAACAGAACCAUUUUGUAUUAGGAACCGUCAAGAUUGCAUUAUCUUCCAAUGUAUUGGGUUCAUGGUUAUUGUUUGCGUCCUAUUUGUAUCAAUGUAAACGUUUCAAAGAAUGCAUUUAUAUAAUAAACUACUGCCUAUCUGAGUGUACUCCAGAUAAAAUACCGUGCUAUUCAAUAGGCAGUCAUUUCAGCUUGAAGGAGCACACAGUUUUCGACAAAAUGCAACGGCGGGUGGGUUUGAUAGAUACGUGUAAAAAUCUAUUAAUUCAAGAUGUUGUUUUCUACCAUCCGUUUAUUUUAGUUCCGACAGAACUUACAAGGCUAUCUAGAUUUUUGAACAUGAUUCGUAUUCCAUCCGUUGUUUACUGUCAUGUAUUAUUAUUUUUAUGUUUUCAUCCUCUUCGAGAUGACAGGGGGAAAUUAACGGCUCUUCGUGAACUUCAGCUCACAAUAAGAAAAAGAUACUGCAUACGCGAGGAUGUGAUAUCUGCUUAAAAUAGUAUAUCAAUGCCUCGAAAUAGUAAAGGCAUUGAUAUAGGUGGAAUAGUCCGAAACAUUCAAAUACCAAUAUUGAAUCAAUGAGAUAAC